AUGAAUAAGAACAAUCGAAAUUCAUGGGAUGCUCGUCGACCGUCAUUAGACUGUUGGUGGGAAUCAGUCGAAAACCAAAAUAACCAAAUGCCAGAUCAAUCGUCUAUUUCACCAGAAGCGAUACAAAAUACAAUACAAUGGGUCGAUCAAUCUUUGCAGCGUCCUAAAAAAAAUAUUACUGGGAAAAAAUGUAAAGAACGCUCUGUUAAAAAAUCAAAUUUUUCUGAAAUCUGCAAAAUCAAACCAUGCGUAUGUAUGGAGCUUAAAUUAGUAAUCAGAUCCAACACAAAGAGCUUAACAGAUGACGUGUGUAGUUUAUACCACCGAUGGCUAUGUGGACCAUUGGCCACCAAUUUUAAGUUUCACUAUGCGUUGUUAACACUCAUUAAUCUCCUAAAAACGCUCAUAAAAGACUUAAACGGUAUAUCUGGCAAGCAUGAUCAACUUGAGUUAUUGGUCAAACGCUAUGGUGAAUGCCGGGGCAAGUAUCAGGUAUUAUUAAUGCAGUUGGACCAAGCUAGUAUGUCAAGUCUAUCGAAUGAAAAUUGCGUAAAAACCUUAAACUUCUUAAGGGAAAAAUCGUUGAGUAUUGAAACUGAAGUUACCACCGAGUUUACUGAGGUCUACUUAGAAAUGAAACCUACUUUACUGAAAGAACUUGAAGAAAUUGGUGUAAUACGUUCUGCAAAAUAA